CGGAAAUUAAACCCUUUUAAUUUCUGCAGACAGCAGGCUUUCUUCGCCCUUUCAUUUCUCUCACCUCAAAAGCUCGAAACUUGGUCUGCACUGUGCAGCCUGAGAGCUGGAACCGGGUUGAGAUGGACGAUGAUUCAAUUCCUCAUCCUAAUUCUGUUGAAAACUCCCCGAACUAACCAGCUUCCACCAGUUCCUAAAUUCAGUGCGGGCGUUAAGGGAAAACAACCUGGAUCACUACCAAAUGAUUCAACUCCUCGUCCUAAUCCUGUUGAAACUCCCCGAACUAACAAGCUUCCACCAGUUCCUAAAUUCAGUGCGGGCGUCAAGGGAAAACAACCUGGAUCACUACCAAAUGAUUCAACUCCUCAUCCUAAUCCUGUUGAAACUUCCCAAACUAACCAGCUUCCACCAGUUCCUAAAUUCAGUGCAGGCGUUAAGGGAAAACAACCUGGAUCACUACCAACGGUAUGGGAUCACUUCAUUAAACUUGAAAAUGAUGGCCUUAUCGAGCCUAGAUAUGAAUGCAAUUACCGUGGGGAGGAAUUCAGUGUGGAUAAUAUCAAGCACGGAGAUAGUAUUUUAUGGAAUCAUUUGACUGAUGACUGUGAAAAUAACCCGCAUAGAUCUGAGCACAAAAGGAAGGAGAACCCGAGUCUUGAAAAUAGCCAAGUUUCAAGUUGUUCUGAUGAGAAUUCUUUGGAAGGGUGAUUAAGUAUAGCAGAAUAUAUCAGAGCAUGCACUAAGAUGAUGAUUAUCGACGAGUUACCUUUUAGCUUUGUAGAGAGAAAAUCAGUUCAAGUUUUUAUGAAAUUACUUCGUCCUGAUUUUGAUAUCCCAUCUCCAGUAACACUUGCUCGAGAUGCAUACCAGCUUUAUUUGGAUCAGAAGAAGCAACAGAAAAGCUUGUUGAUUGAAAAUUCGCAGAGGGUCUGCCUUACUACCCAAACAUGGACUUCUAUGCAACAAACCAAGUACAUGGCUCUGAAGGUCCAUUUUAUUGACAGCGAAUGGGAGCUUCAUAAGAAAAUGUUGAACUUUUGUGAAGUACCUAAUGAUAAUGAGGAGACAGUUGGAGAAGUCAUUGCAUUGUGUUUAGUUGAUUGGGGUAUAGAAAGAGUGUUGACAGUUUCUGUUGAUAAUGCAAGUGAUGCGGCUCUAAACUCUAUGAAAAUGAAGUUGAAAAUUUUACUGGGAAUUUGUUAGAUGGUGAAUGUUUACACAUGCGAUGCUAUACACAUAUUAUGAAUUCAAUUGUGCACGAGAGCUUGAUAGAUGUGCAUGAAUCAAUUGAUAGUAUUCGCAAUGCUGUGAAAUAUGUAAGUUCGUCUCCCGAAGGGUUAUUGAAAUUUGAAGCAUGUAUCAAGCAUGAAAAAAUUGAGUGUAAAGGUCUUAUGGUUUUGGAUGGUCCUACUAGGUGGAAUACCACCUAUUUGAUGUUGAGAGAUGCCUUAAAGUUCCAAAAGGCUUUUGAGAAGCUAGAAGAAGGUGAUGAAGAUUAUGGUAGCCAUUUCUUGGAGGAUGAGAGUGGGUUAAAGAUGAUAGGUCCACCUACAGUUGAUGAUUGGGAAAACGUUCGGGCUUUGUUUGGUUUUUGAAGAUUUUUUAUGAUGCAACCUUGAAGUUUGGUGCUUCAGGUGUCACUUCCAAUAUCUGUUUUGAUACAAUGUGUUCGCUUCGAUCCAAGUUGACAACAUUGAGCCAAAGUCAAGAUUCACUUUUGGGGAAAAUGGCAACUAGUAUCAAACCAAAAUAUGACAAAUAUUGGGGUUCUCUUGACGACAACAGGCUGUUGAUUGUUUGUUGUGCUUGAUCCACGAUUUAAGUUGGAUUAUGUGGCAUUUUGUUUUGGUAAGAUAUAUGGUGAUUCCAUGGUUGAAGACAUGGAGAAAGGGGUCAAAGAGCUUUUGUUUCGUCCAUACGAGGUUUAUAGUGCAUCGGAUUCCACUCCCAGUUGCACCAAAGCUUCUAAUGGUGAUCAGUAUCAUUACGAAUGGAUGAAUAAGUUUCUAGAGUUCAAAGAAAAGAAAGGUUUACUGUUGAGAAAUGAGGUGGAUUGGUAUUUGUCAAAGAGGUGUGAGAAUACAGCAGACGACACUUUUGAUAUGCUGCAUUGGUGGAAAGUAAACUCUACAAAGUAUGGAAUGCUGUCUUCUAUGGAAUAAAUCAGAGGCUGCUGGUUCUUGGUGCGGAGAACGUACGACAGGUAGGGCCAACGACGUAUCAAGCUCAGGUGACAACGCUGCCUUCGGGAAACCUUGCACCUUCCGGGUUUUAUAUUUUGUAUGUGGUUCAUCAACAAAUUCCAAGCGAGGGGAUCUUUGUCCAAAUUCUUUGAGAAAUUUGGGGAAGGUGCAUUGUUUUUUUACCGUGUGUAAGGUAAAGUUGCAACUUUCUAUUGUAUUUUGUUAUUUUUUCACCGAAAUUAUUUGUAAAGUUUGUAUCUAAACUGAUAUUUUAUUUAAAGAUUUGAGUUUAAUAUCAACAA